GACGAGUCAUCUACCCGCGCGCCCGAGCGCGGAAACCGAGGGGCGGGCUCGCGCUCUGCCUGCUUCGUGGCGCUUGGUUCGGCUAUCGCCCGAGGAGCUCGGUGGCGGCGUGGGAGGGAGCUUCUGACUGCGUCUGUAGAGACGGCUUUCACCGUGUUAGCCAGGAUGGUCUUGAUCUCCUGACCUCGUGAUCCACCCGCCUCAGCCUCCCAAAGUGCUGGGAUUACAGACGUGAGCCAUCAUACCCAGUCUUGGAGUUUCUUAACUCUGGAUAUACCAAUGGGAGAGUCACAUAGAAGUGGAGGAACUCUAUUUUAAGAACCUCUCAAAACGAAACAAGCAAAUCAUGGAGAAGAAUGGAAAUAACCGAAAGCUGCGGGUUUGUGUUGCUACUUGUAACCGUGCAGAUUAUUCUAAACUUGCCCCGAUCAUGUUUGGCAUUAAAACUGAACCUGAGUUCUUUGAACUUGAUGUUGUGGUACUUGGCUCUCACCUGAUAGAUGACUAUGGAAAUACAUAUAGAAUGAUUGAACAAGAUGACUUUGACAUUAACACCAGGCUACACACAAUUGUGAGGGGAGAAGAUGAGGCAGCCAUGGUGGAGUCAGUAGGCCUGGCCCUAGUGAAGCUGCCAGAUGUCCUUAAUCGCCUGAAGCCUGAUAUCAUGAUUGUUCAUGGAGACAGGUUUGAUGCCCUGGCUCUGGCCACAUCUGCUGCCUUGAUGAACAUCCGAAUCCUUCACAUUGAAGGUGGGGAAGUCAGUGGGACCAUUGAUGACUCUAUUAGACAUGCCAUAACAAAACUGGCUCAUUAUCAUGUGUGCUGCACCCGCAGUGCAGAGCAGCACCUGAUAUCCAUGUGUGAGGACCAUGAUCGCAUCCUUUUGGCAGGCUGUCCUUCUUAUGACAAACUUCUCUCAGCCAAGAACAAAGACUACAUGAGCAUCAUUCGCAUGUGGCUAGGUGAUGAUGUAAAAUCUAAAGAUUACAUUGUUGCACUACAGCACCCUGUGACCACUGACAUUAAGCAUUCCAUAAAAAUGUUUGAAUUAACAUUGGAUGCACUUAUCUCAUUUAACAAGCGGACCCUAGUUCUGUUUCCAAAUAUUGAUGCAGGGAGCAAAGAGAUGGUUCGAGUGAUGCGGAAGAAGGGCAUUGAGCAUCAUCCCAAUUUUCGUGCAGUUAAACACGUCCCAUUUGACCAGUUUAUACAGUUGGUUGCCCAUGCUGGUUGUAUGAUUGGGAAUAGCAGCUGUGGGGUUCGAGAAGUUGGAGCUUUUGGGACACCUGUGAUCAACCUGGGAACACGUCAGAUUGGAAGAGAAACAGGGGAGAAUGUUCUUCAUGUCCGGGAUGCUGACACCCAAGACAAAAUAUUGCAAGCACUGCACCUUCAGUUUGGUAAACAGUACCCUUGUUCAAAGAUAUAUGGGGAUGGAAAUGCUGUUCCAAGGAUUUUGAAGUUUCUCAAAUCUAUCGAUCUUCAAGAGCCACUGCAAAAGAAAUUCUGCUUUCCUCCUGUGAAGGAGAAUAUCUCUCAAGAUAUUGACCAUAUUCUUGAAACUCUAAGUGCCUUGGCCGUUGAUCUCGGCGGGACAAACCUCCGAGUUGCAAUAGUCAGCAUGAAGGGUGAAAUAGUUAAGAAGUAUACUCAGUUCAAUCCUAAAACCUAUGAAGAGAGGAUUAAUUUAAUCCUACAGAUGUGUGUGGAAGCUGCAGCAGAAGCUGUAAAACUGAACUGCAGAAUUUUGGGAGUAGGCAUUUCCACAGGUGGCCGUGUAAAUCCUCGGGAAGGAAUUGUGCUGCAUUCUACCAAACUGAUCCAAGAGUGGAACUCUGUGGACCUUAGGACCCCCCUUUCUGACACUUUGCAUCUCCCCGUGUGGGUAGACAAUGAUGGCAACUGUGCUGCCCUGGCAGAAAGGAAAUUUGGCCAAGGAAAGGGACUGGAAAACUUUGUUACACUUAUCACAGGCACAGGAAUCGGUGGUGGAAUUAUCCAUCAGCAUGAAUUGAUUCACGGAAGCUCCUUCUGUGCUGCAGAACUGGGCCACCUUGUUGUGUCUCUGGAUGGGCCUGAUUGUUCCUGUGGAAGCCAUGGGUGCAUUGAAGCAUACGCCUCUGGAAUGGCCUUGCAGAGGGAGGCAAAAAAACUCCAUGAUGAGGACCUGCUCUUGGUGGAAGGGAUGUCAGUGCCAAAAGAUGAGGCCGUGGGUGCGCUCCAUCUCAUCCAAGCUGCGAAACUUGGCAAUGCGAAGGCCCAGAGCAUCCUAAGAACAGCUGGAACAGCUUUGGGUCUUGGGGUUGUGAACAUCCUCCAUACCAUGAAUCCCUCCCUUGUGAUCCUCUCUGGAGUCCUGGCCAGUCACUAUAUCCACAUUGUCAAAGACAUCAUUCGCCAGCAGGCCUUGUCCUCCGUGCAGGACGUGGACGUAGUGGUUUCGGAUUUGGUUGACCCCGCCCUCCUGGGUGCUGCCAGCAUGGUGCUGGACUACACAACACGCAGGAUCUAUUAGACCUCCAGGAACAGACAUGGACCAUCUCUCAAGAGCUCCUGAGUGGAAUCAAGUUCUUGUCUUUAGGAUGACCAUUUCUUAACAAUCAAAUCUAGUAUUGAACUGCAGGUGACUUUGGCAGAGAAAUUUUUUUGCUUUUGGUCUCCUCUUCCAAAGUCACCUUUCCCAACUCCUGUUUUUGUAGAUGCUGUUCUUUCUGAUGUUUUCCUAGUAGGGGUCAUUUUAGCUUCAAACCCUGUAAGUUCCAGUCACAAUUUUCUGUGCCAAAGUAGCUACAAUAAUAGAGAGGAAGCCUUAGAACUCUGCUUACUAAUGGAUUAAUACCACUGAAACCUGCAGGCCUUGCCUGGGAUGUCACUUCAUCCUGAAGUUUGCAUUAAUAAUCCUUCCAGGCCGGGUGCGGUGGCUCCCGCCUGUA